AUGGUAAGAUUACUUAUAUUUACCAUUGUUAUAACUUUACUUGCUUGUUGUCAAGGGGCUGUAAUUGUAGAUUUUGGCCAUGAACAUAUUUCAGUUGCUUGGUAUUCUAACAAUAGAGUAGAUAUUCUUAAUGACAGUCAUGGGAAUAGAAACGUUUAUUCUAAAAUUGCUUAUCGUUGUAAACACCAAGACUUAAUUUACGGACAACAAGCACAGUCAAUAAUUGGCAAUCAACUGAUAAAUACUAUUUCACCACUUUAUAAUGAAAUGGAACAAAUAGAAAAUUGCACUAUCCAACAAGACUUUACUUCGUUGUUGGCACUACAAAUAGAUAAUUUGUUUUAUAAAUUGGAUAAUGAAAAUAAUACGCGUAUUUCUCUUACUGAUUUACUUAGCUUAGACUCUAGACAUUCAUCUUAUUUUAUUAUUCCAUCUACAUUUACUCCAUAUGACAUUGAACGUAUUCGACUUAUUCUUCCAGAAGUUCAAUUUAUUACAAAACACAAGUUACAUGCUGGAAUGAUUUUAGAUGCUGUCUUAAAGAAAGUAAUUGAUAUAAAAGAUGAAUAUGUUAUGAUUGAUUGUGGUGCUCAUGAAACUGCUAUUACUAAAGUUAAAAUGAUUAAUGGAACACAAUUUUCUAUUGUUUCUAGUAAUGUCAUUCCUCUUUCCAUUCAUCAAUUAAACAAAAAGUUAGCUGGUUUAGUUGGUUCAGUACGAGGUGUUUCAGAGAAUCAUAAUUUCAUGAACCAAAUUAAUGAACUUAGAGUUAAGUUAUCUUCAAAUCAAGAGAUUACUAUGUUUAUUGAAGAACUUGAAAAAAAUGUUACAAUAACCAGAGACCAAUUUAAUAGUGUUAUUGUUGAUGAACUAAAACCAUUAGAAAAUGUUUUAAAUAAUAUUAAAAGUGAAUUAAAUGAAAAUGCUACAAUUUUUGUUAUUGGAGGGUUAAGUUAUACACCUAGAGUUAAAGAACUCAUUGAACAAACAGUUGGAAAUUAUUCUAUUCGUUUAAGUGGAGACCAAUAUCUUAUGGAAAGUGCUAAAACUUUAAUAACAUUAGACAAUAUGUUAGACAGUCCAAUGAAUAUUAUUGAUAUUAUUCCAUAUCCAAUUAAUAUAAAAAUUAAUGAACAAGAAAUCCCAUUUAUAAAUAAUGAACACCAAGUGACAUUGGAUCAAGUAUAUAAUAUUCCUUUAAGUAAAACAAAUAAAUUAGAGUUUGUUGCUGAUAUCGAUGGAACAAAAAGAAGUGUUAGAAUAUAUUCUAUUGAAAAAAUGGAAAAAGAUACUAAUGCCACAAUUUACUUUAGUUCCAUUGAAAAAGGAUUUGUCAGUUCUAUUCAAAUAGAAAAUUCUACUAUUCAACUAAUUCCAAUAUUUAAUAGUAGUGCUAUUAAAGAAGAAAUUAAAGAACAACGUGAAAAAGAACAAACUAAAAGAGAAAGUGAAGCUGCUAUCAUUGCAAAAAGACAAGAGUAUGAAAUGUUAUUAAAUGAUUUUAAACGAUAUAUAACAAGUGGUAUUGAUAUCGAAAACCUUGAAAGUAUAUUUGUUGAUGUAGAAAGAAGAAUAGUAUGGCUUGAAGAUCAACUUGAUUUGAAUUUAGAAGAUAUUGAAAAGGAAUACAAUGAAUUUAAAACUAAAUACGAGAAAGAGUUAGCCCUUUAUUUUGAUUUCCAAAUGUUUAAUUUAAGAAUGGAGACUAUGGGAACAAAAAUAUUUAAAGUCAUUGAAGAAAUGAGACUUUUAAGAAUGAACCAAGCCCAAGAAUAUGCUAAAAAAAUUAAUGAUGCUGUUCAACAUACUUCUAAUAGAAAAAGUGAUCGUGAAUCUUUUGAGGCUUCAAUAAGUAAACUGUACGAUGAAAUGACCAAUAAAGUUCAUAAGAAGAAAAGGUCAAUUACUUUAAGAGGAUAUUGGCAAAUCUUUGGAUAUGUUAUGGUUGCUAUUUUUGUCAUAUUAAUCCUUUACUUGAGCUUCUUUAAAUCAAAGAAGUCAACAGUUACUAAAAGACCUCAUAUAAAACACCAUUAA